AUGAAAGUUUAUCUACAACAUACCCUCUUGGGGUUGGGUCUAUCAGGCCUGAGCCUAGCCGGGGUCGCGGGGAGAGACAUCGAGGUGAUACGGUUCCACAGCCCCGGGGGUGUAACCGCCGACUCUUUGCACAACAUUCACAUCGAGUUCCUGGACGAUCAGUUCGAAGGUCAUCUGCAGCUUGUAUACGGGGAAUGCGGGAUUCAAGAUCCGACGCAGAGUCACCAUGAGAUCGGGAGCACGUUCGUGAAACGCGAAGCGCAACCGGAGCGAUUUGUCUGGACCACACCAUAUGAUGCACCCCAUUCACAUUGUCUACAUGCUUUCUCCGGAUCGACACUUGUGGGCCGCUCUUCUCCCAUCAUGGUCACGUCACCUGUCAAGAAGCGAGAGAGUAUCGCCGAUGUGGCAGAUGCCAUGGGACCGUGGUUUGACGGAGUGGCUUACAUGAAGUCAAAGAAGAAUAACAAAGCAUUUGUUUCCAAAGCUAAGAGUACCUCUGUUGCUAUUCUGGGUGGUGGUAUGUCCGGAUUGAUGACGAGUCUGCUGCUCGAGUCUGUUGGUAUCCAUGACUGGCACAUCUACGAAUCAUCCGGGCGAGUCGGUGGUCGCAUUCGUACCAAAUACCUUAACAACACCACUCCUGAUCAGUAUCAAUAUCAGGAGAUGGGACCAAUGCGAUUCCCCGUUAGCAUCACUUAUGCCGACACGAAUGAGACGCUCGAAAUCCAAGAUCACCACAUGGUCUUCCAGCUCGCCAGCGUCCUCAACAAGAUGAACAAACACAAGCCAGAUCUCCAGGUCAACUUCAUCCCUUUUAUUCAGAAUAGCCCCAAUGUGCCCGCAGCCUCUGGUGGCAACCGUCUCCCCAACGGCCGAAUCCCCAGUGCCGCCCAAGUCGCCGCCAACUCAUCGCUAGUCUACAAGGCAGCCUCAUCCAACGAAACAGCUGCCGCAGAAGCCGAAUCCGCAUUCGAGAAUUACACUACAAUCAACAACCGAGAAACGAUCCGCAAGAUCGCAACCAACAUGUACCAAGCCCACAAGCAAGCAGUCGACGACGGCAUGUUCCACUGGUCCGAGGCCGGGUACUUGAAAUAUGCGAUGGGCUACGACGCCAACAUAACGGACUACGUGGCCAGCUCAGACAACUCCCCAAUCUGGGGAGGUCUCUACGAUGACGUCUACUUCGCAGCCACAAAAUGGCGCACCAUCGACAAGGGUCUGGAGUCCCUCCCUCGCGCAUUCUACCCCCAUGUCGCAGAGAAGACGACCCUAAAUCGCACAGUCGCAGGGCUAAUCUACAACGAGACAAGCGGUAAAGUCGCCGUCGCAUGGCGCGACGAUCCGUUCCAGGUGGUACCAGAAACAAAAGAAUACGACUACGCCGUUGUCGCUACACCAUUUAGCAAAGUAAGACUGUGGGAUCUACCUCGGUACUCGUCACUUCUGAGCCGGGCAAUCUCAACCAUGAACUACGACCCCUCGUGCAAGAUGUCGCUGCUCUAUAAGACACGGUUCUGGGAACACAUGGAAGAGCCUAUUUUCGGCGGAUGCGGGUCAGUCGAUGUCCCCGGCGUCGGGAGUGUCUGUUACCCCUCCUUCAACAUGAACGCGACCGGACCAGGUGUGAUUCUGGCAUCGUAUGUCUCGGGAACACCAGCUCGGUCGACGGCAGCUUUGAGCGAGGAGGAACACGUUGCAUUGAUCCAGCGCACGAUGGUCGAGGUUCAUGGCGAAAUUGCUGCUGAGCAGUUUACGGGUGUGUACAAUCGCCAGUGCUGGGAGGUUGAUCAGCAUCAGGCGGGUGCCUGGGCUAGUCCACUUGUUGGGCAGCAGGAGCUGUAUUUGCCUGCUUAUUAUCAGACGGAGUUUAAGACUAUCUUUAUUGGGGAGCAUACUAGUUAUACUCAUGCUUGGAUCUUUUCGGCAUUGGAUUCGGCUGUGCGGGGGACGACGCAGUUGUUGCUUGAUCUUGGUUUGGUUGAUGAGGCUAAAGAGAUUGUUGAGACUUGGAUGGGCAGGUGGAUUAAGCUGUGA